AUGCAGAGCGUCAGCAGCAACAACAACCCCUACGCCGCGGGCGCCCUGUCGCCACAUGUCACCUCCGUCAGCAACAGCCCGCUGCCGUCACCCGCCAUCACGCCUCCCGAGCGUGCCGCCCCGUCGCCGCCGACGCGCAACCUGACAAACGCCACCGACUCCACGUACUACACCACCGAGGAAGGCUCAGACGACACGACGCCCGACAUCAGCGCCUUCACCAUCGUCAACCCCUCCUCAGCGGCGAACCAACCCACCUCCCACCCGGCCGCGAUCCCCACCUCUCCUCCGCCGCAGUACCAACAGGUGCAGCAACAACAGCAACAACAACAGCAGCAGCAGCAGCAGACGGACCCCUACAACCAGCCCCUCUCCCGCGCCCGCGCCCGCGCCACCUCGUCGAGCAGCAUCCAGCUCUACAUCCCCUACUCGCAGACCGCUCCGACCGUCUCCCCGCUCGCCCGCCUCUCGACGUCGACCCUCGUGCCCCUCCAGGUCCAGCGCACGCAGUCGCCCGAGAACCCGACCCAGGGCGUGUCGAGCCUGCAGGGCUCCCUCCACAGCAGCGAGUCGUCGUCGGCCGGCUCCGCCGUGCGCGACCGCGUCCGCAACCGCCACGCCUCGGCGCCCGUCAUGCCGCCGCCCGCCAUCAUCCUCGAGACGCCGAGCCCCUGCGUCGGCAACGACGAGCGGCGCGAGCACGACGCCGCCGACGGCAGCGAUGGAGACGACAACAACAACAACAACAAUAACAACAAUAACGGCAACAAUCCCCGCCGCCUCUCGCCUCCCACGUCACCCAGCAACAGCAGCAGCGGCGGCGGUGGCGGCAGCACAGCGACCGGCCAGCACAGGCAGUCGGCCUUGUCGGCGCUGACGGCGGCAGCCGCCUACUCGCCCGCGGGCGCGACGACGACGGUCGCCGCCGCUGCUGUCGGGAGGAGGGCGCGCAGCGCGAGCGGCAGCUCGCUGCCGCGGUACUACUCGCCUCAGUCGUCGUUCGACGACGUGGCGCUGCGGACGGUCGAGGACGUGGGCAGCGAGACCGAGGCCGCCGAGAGCGAGGCGGCGGCGGUGGCGAGACGAGGAGGAGGACAGCGGCCGACCGUGGCUGAGGCGGCGCCGUUGUUUGGCAGUCGGGGAAAGAGGCCGAGGUUGAGCUCCAUCGUUAGGCGGAGCUACGGACCUUGA